AUGUCGGAAAGGCGGGAGAUCCCCGGUUUGGAUUCGGGGGAAACUAGCACCUCUAGUAGAGGAAACGGGCCCUUUUCUACUGGGCCGGAUGAACGCGCUGGUACAUCCCGCGGAGAGACUAUGGAUUUUGCAUUCCGGACAAACUACAGAAGCCCUUUGACUCCCACUGGCCAAGAGAUCCGUGGACUGCAGAAGAGCACGACUAGCUCCUUUGCCCAUCUGGCCCAGGGGAUAGGGUCGCCGGGGGUGUUGGGGAGUGAGCCUAGGAAGGAUAAAAGGAAGAGGGAAAAGAAGGGGAAAGGGAAAGGCUCUCGUUCUAGCGAUCAGAGAGUUCAGCUUGCCGGGGGGGGGAGCCCGGGAUUCACUGGAAGUGCAACCGCACCACGUGUUGAAAAUUCCAGAGUUCAACUUUCCACGAUUCCACUCUUCAGUAGUUCAGCCGCGCCUGGGGAACUCCGCCAGGAGAGUUAUGAUAACUACUGGUAUGGCAAUAUACCUGUGUCAAACCUAGCUAGUAGAGCUCCGACUUGGGCUCGGGGUGAUAACCACCGCUCGUGCUCUGGGGACCCGGAAUAUCCUCAAGAAGGGGGCAGUUUAGACUGGAGGCAGAGCGGUACUACAUAUUCAAGUGUGCCCUGGGGUUAUCGCUCAGAGGGGAGCUCGAGCUGGGGUCAUGGGAUUCAUCGGCUUCAAUUACCUAGCCAACAGCAACCCUUCCCGGACCCUCAGCCGGCGUUUUUCAAUCCUCCUUCUCCCUGGCAGCAACAACCUUGGCAGCAACAACAACCACGAGGGCACCGCAGUAAUCGGAGCCAACGUUCCAGAUCGUCAUGGGAUCAUCGGCCGCCUCAUGGCCGUGGUUCGAGGCUUCCUGGUAAUAGUGCCCCGCUCCCGGCACCGGUUCCCACCCAAGAUUAUCUUGCCAAGAGUCUACUAGAGCCGCAAACUCUCCCAAGAGCACCAAAGCAACUAUUGGUACUCGAUUUGAAUGGCACGCUCGUGCAUAGGAGGAGGGGUAACACUGCCAGCCUGGUCUGCCGUCCUGAAUUGGACAGCUUCCUGGACUAUAUUUUUACGCACUUUUCAGUGAUGGUCUGGACAUCAGCUCAGCCUGAGAAUGCUCAGCGGAUGGUCAACACAAUAUUCACCAAAGAGCAGGAGAAGAAACUCCUGACAGUCUGGGCGAGGGACACGCUCCAGUUGACGCCUAACCAAUACCGCGAGAAGACGACGGUAUACAAAAGGCUCACUCGGAUCUGGGCUGGCGAGUUCAAGUUAUGCUUUCCAAGCCCCGAUCAGUCCGGCCCCGGAUGGGACCAGACAAAUACUAUCUUGAUUGAUGAUAGUAGUGUGAAGGCGGCGGGCCAGCCUUACAACCUUAUACGGGUUCCAGAGUUUGUAGGAGACACGGAUGAAGAGGAAAGCCCAGUUCUAUCUGAUUGCAUAAAAUACCUCAAUGAAUUGAGGUUUCAGGAUAACGUGUCGGCCUGUAUUCGGCAGUCACCAUUCUACGGCAGGUACUAA